AUGAAUAUUAAUUUAAUUUUAAUUCUAUUUGUAAUUCUUAAACUAAACAAUGCGGGAAGCAUAAAUGCUAUAAAUCUUUCGAAUUUUUCUCUGAUCUCAAAAGUUGUUCGUGAAAUUGCUGAUAAAUUUUUCUUAAGCGAGAAAAUUGAAUUUUCUAUAAUAAAAGUAAAUAAUCAGUCAGAUUUGAUUUUGGAUUUAUUUACUCGAUUAUUGUCUGGAUUUAAAGAAAAAUAUUCGUAUUAUAUAUUUCGAGAUAAUGCAUUAAUUAGAAUAUUUUACGGUUCAGCUUUUAUAUUUACCGACUUUUUAGAAAAUUUACCAUUAAUUGAGGACAACAUAAGGCUGAUAAGACAUCAGCAUCAGCCUAUAAAGUACUUUAUUUAUGCACAUGACUUAAAUUAUCGUCGUCUAAAUCAAUUGACAAAUUUUGAAUUCUAUAAAGAAAUUCCAAGAACUUUUGCAGUUCUUUAUCAAUACGCAUACUUCAUUACCGAUGAGAUCGAUUCAAUUAUUUUAUCAACAGUUGAGUGGUUUGGUCCUCACGGAUGUGACCGUCCAAAAGUGUAUAUUAUCAACACCUUCAACAAAACAACUAUGCAAUGGAACUCAAAGCUUAAAAAUCAUGAAAAAUUUCUGCAAUAUCAUGGCUGUGAACUUGUUAUGCUUCUUCCUAAAUGGCGGAGUGGCAUUAUUGCUGUUCAUCUCUCUGGAUUCAGUGAAAUUUCAAGUGAUUUAAAAAAAUUUAAGAUUCAUGGCAUUGCACCAGUCAUUUUUGACAUAGCUGCAAAAUAUCAUAACUAUACAGUCGGUUUUCAACCUGUGGUAAUGCCGAAAGAUUGGUUAAGAAUGGGAUAUACAGAUGAUAUUGGUAUUAUAAAAAUUAAUGAUGUUAAAAAGAAUCCUCACGUGUACUUUGAAAUUUAUACUUUACAUCAAUUAACACCUUAUUUAAUUUCAUCAAAAAUUGUUGUAAACUUAAAUUUUUAUAUAAUUAUUACACCAGCUGAGAAGUACACGCCAUAUGAAAUAUUCUUCUUGCCAUUUGAUUUAAUGACUUGGAUUUUUUCAUUAAUAACUUUUCUGUCAACCAUUUUGUCAAUUCUCAUCAUCAAUAAUCUGUCAAAAUCCACUCAAACUAUGGUUUAUGGACACAAAGUAGACACACCAUUUUGGAACGUCAUCAGCAUAUUCUUCGGAAUUUCACAGACAAAAUUGCCAAACACGAACUUUUCAAGAUUCAUUCUGAUCAUUUUCAUUUAUUUCUGUUUGAUUUUUCGAACUUGUUUCCAAAGUAAAUUCUUUGAAUUCAUGACAAGUGAGCCAAGACAUCCACAGCCAAAAACAUUUGGUGAUCUUAUUAAUGAAGGAUACAAACUUUAUACAAUGGAAGCUUUCUUACCUGUCGCGAAGAGGAAUUACUUGAUUAACUGGCCAGAAAUUUUUGUACUAUCCGCGGAAGAAUAUAAUGCAGCUUAUUUGGAACAGUCACAAAAUUCUUCAGCAAAAAUGGCAUUAAUUGUUGAUGAAUUUGCUACAAGAUUUAUAGACAGAAAGUUAAACAGAAGAACAAAUAAUUGGACUAAGCUUGAUGAUUUUAUCGUCUUUGCAUUUCAUGAAACCUUCUUCUUCUUCAAGGAAUGCUUUUACUUUAGAAUGUUUGACAGGAUCAUCGAUGACUUGAUACCAACUGGAAUAAUAAAUCAUCUGAUUGAGAAUAAUUACACAAAACCAUGGGAAUAUGAUCAACCUGAAGUUAAACCAAAAGUUUUGACUCUCGACGAUCUUGCAUUUGGAUUUAUUAUCUGGCUUAUAUUUUGUCUGAUUUCUUUCAUUGGAUUCAUUGUAGAACAUAUUGCAGUUUUGGUAUUGAAGCCGAUCGAAUCGUACGCUCCAGUUCACCCAAUUAAUUCAAAAUUGGAAGAUGAAGUUUGUAUCGGUCAAAUCACAACAUAUGACAUUGUAAAAGGAAUCAAUCCAGAGUUGAUUGAAAAGUUCAGAGUUAAAAAACAAGCACAAGCUGAAGUUAAAAAUGAUUUAGUUGCAACUAAAAUAAGUGAAGAUAUCAAGUUGGUAGAUUUAGAAAAUUUACAUUAA